UUAGACCACAGCCACAGUCCAAUACCCCAUACUCUCCCCCUCGCUUCACCAGGAAUCUAAUCUAAUCAUUUGUAUUUCCCUUUUUUUCAUCCAACGGCCCAUAUCCACUCCUCCCUCCCAAAUCUGAACAUCCACCGUCCGAUUAGAUCUACACAACCCAAGUCAUAAUCUCCCCAACUUCGCAAAGCUUGUCACAGUCACUCCCCCCAGAUCUAACCCAUCUCUCUCUCUCUCUACUGAUACAUACAUAUACAGUGCCAAUAUAUAGAGAGAGAGAGAGAAGAUCGAGUCUGCCCAUGGUGGAGGCACAGUCAUGGACCACUCGCAGGGGCAGCAACCCGAGGCUGGAAUCGUCUGCGGCCGACCAAGUCCUCGACAUUCCGGUCACUCCCACCGGUGACCUACGCAAUAACAACAACAACAACAACAACACCGCCAUUGGAUCGAUUCUCUCUCCCAACGUAUUAACGGCUGUGAUCAUCGCCUCAUGGUAUCUCUCCAACAUCGGAGUCCUCCUCCUGAACAAGUACCUCCUCAGCAUCUACGGCUACCGUUACCCGAUCUUCCUCACCAUGCUGCACAUGCUAUCUUGCGCCAUCUACAGCUACGCGGCGAUUAAUUGGCUGGAGAUCGUCCCUUUCCAGCAAAUCCUCUCCCGCCGCCAGUUCUUCAAAAUCUUCGCUCUCUCCGCCAUCUUCUGCUUCUCCGUCGUCUGCGGCAACACCUCCCUCCGCUACCUCCCCGUCUCCUUCAACCAAGCCAUCGGCGCCACCACCCCCUUCUUCACCGCCAUCUUCGCUUUCCUCAUCACUUGCAAGCACGAGUCCCCCCAUGUCUACUUCGCUCUCUUACCCGUUGUCCUCGGCAUCGUCCUCGCCAGCAAUAGCGAGCCAUUGUUUCACCUCUUUGGUUUCCUCGUCUGUAUCGGCUCGACCGCUGGUCGAGCCCUUAAAUCGGUGGUUCAGGGCCUUCUCUUGACCUCCGAUGCUGAGAAAUUGCAUUCUAUGAAUUUGCUUCUAUAUAUGGCUCCAAUGGCGGCGUUGAUUUUGCUUCCGUUUACGCUUUAUGUUGAAGGGAAUGUGCUUGCGAUUACGGUGGAGAAAGCGAGGAAUGACUCGUUUGUUGUGUUUUUGUUGAUUGGGAAUGCGACGGUGGCGUAUUUGGUCAAUUUGACGAAUUUUUUGGUGACGAAGCAUACGAGUGCGCUGACGUUGCAGGUUUUGGGGAAUGCCAAGGCGGCGGUGGCGGCGGUGGUGUCGGUGUUGAUAUUUAGGAAUCCGGUGACGGUGAUGGGGAUGACGGGGUUCGGAGUCACGAUUAUGGGGGUGGUGCUGUACAGCGAAGCGAAGAAGAGAUCGAAAGUCACAGCUCAUUGACAGACUGGUGUAAUUUGAUUGAUGAUUCCAGACAAGAUUACGGGUCUUAAUUGAGGGAAAGAAAGAUAAUUGGAAUCAAAAGUGAAACAAUUGGACCAUUCGAUUGUAUAGGAUGAUGAUGGAAUUAUGUUUUUUUUUUUUUUUUUUUUUAAAUGUAAUUGUUUUUGGUUGGGGGUGGUUUAAGAGAGUAAAAAUUCUCUCUUUUUAAGUUUUCCCAGUGUGUAACUUUAUUAUUGUUUGUUGCAAAUUUUGAACACAAAGAAAAGACUGAUUCUUCUUCAAAUGUUAUUUUUGGUGCUGUUUUUGUGGGGAGUGAAUCAUAUCCCCCACUUUCA